AUGGGCUCCACCGAACCCCCCAAAAUCACCUUGUACACAAGCUACGCCUGUCCCUGGGCACACCGCUCCCAAAUCGCGCUCCGCGAACUCAACCUCGCCUUCGAAACUGUCAUCGUAGACCUAUCCGUACCCCGCACUCCCGAAUACCUAAAAAUCAACCCCCGCGGCCUCGUGCCAGCGCUCGACUACAACGGCAUCAUACUAACCGAAUCGGCCAUCGUGUCGCAGUUCCUCGUCGAUGCGCACUCGUCGCAUCUGGAGAAAGCCAGUACCGAUGAAGGCGGGCCGCUGCAGCGGGCGAAGAUCAAUUUCUUUGUCGAUACGUUUAUUAGCAAGUUGCUCAGUUUGUAUCUAGCGGCGCUGAGGGCUCAGGUCGGGGAGGAGAAGGAGGACGCAGUGGGGAAGAUUGUGGAUGCGGUUGUAAAGGAGCUGGAGCCGUUGUUGGGGGAUGCGGGGCCGUUUUUUGGGGGGUCGGAUAGGUUUACGCUGGCUGAGGUCCAAACUGCCUCUUUUGUCAUUCGUCUGGUUACAUUUGCUGAAUAUGAGGCCUUGCUUCCCAAGAGCCUUCUUACCUCGCUGGAAGCCAAGGCACCGAGUUUCUGGAAGUGGGCUAGUGCUGUUGUGAAGGAGGACAGCGUUACUUAUAAGUGGGAUGCUAAGGCUAUCUCGGAGAGGACGAUAGACAGAUUUGAGAAGUUGCGAAAGGAGGCGGCGGCGGCAAAGUGA